AUGGAAGAUGCUGCCUUUACGCUCCAUGACAACAACAAUACUACUAGUGAUUUUACUGAAUUCCUCUCCGACGGAUUCUGGCUAGAGACAACAACAACUACUGCUACUGAUCAAGCUGGAUCCAAUUAUUUCUCUCCUCACCCCCUUUUAUUAGAUACUACCACUACUGAUCAAAUGGAUCAACCUACAACCCAAUUGCCUCCUCCUAGGAGGUUAUGGAUUGGACCAAACACUCUCACUAACCCAAAUCCUACUAUACCAGUAAACACCAGAUUGGUCCAGGCCAUUGAAUACCUCAAGAAUUCCCCAACCCAUAAAGAUGUCCUCAUUCAGAUAUGGGUCCCUGUCAACAGAGGAGGUAAACAUGUACUUAUUACUAAUAAUCAACCAUACUUUCUCAACCCAAACUCCCACAGUCUAUUAGAGUACAGAAAUGUCUCUGAAAAUUACGAAUUUGCUGCUGAGAAAGAUUCAAAGGAGUUGGUUGGCUUGCCUGGACGUGUCUUCUUGAAGAAGCUGCCCGAAUGGACUCCUGAUGUUCGUUUUUUCAAACGGGAGGAGUAUCCACGAGUUAGUUAUGCUCAUCAGCAUAAUGUUAGGGGCUCCAUUGCUGUUCCUGUUUUUGAAAGUGGCAGUGGAACUUGCUUGGGUGUUGUUGAGAUUGUAACAACUAUUCAAAAAACUCCGGAGCUUGAUGAUGUCUGCAAAGCUCUUGAGGCUGUUAAUCUAAGAAGUUCUGGUAUCUCAUCAAAUCCUUCCAAAAUCAAGGAUCAGGAUUGCAAUGAGUCUUACCUAGCUGCAUUGGCCGAGAUUCAAUAUAUUUUGACAUGUGUGUGUGAUACACACAAGUUGCCAUUGGCUCAGACUUGGGCCCCAUGCAUACAACAAGGUAAAGGUGGGUGCCUGCAAUCUGAUGAGAACUUUGCUUCCUGUGUUUCGACAGUCGACUCAGCUUGCUAUGUGCGCGAUCAACAUGUGGUGCCUUUUCAUUUAGCAUGUUCUGAGCAUCACUUGCUUAAAGGUGAAGGAGUUGCAGGUGGAGCAUUCAAUACAAACCAGCCAUGUUUUGCUAUGGAUAUUACGGCCUUUAGUAAGGCAGAUUAUCCAUUGUCACACCACGCCAGGAUGUUUGGAUUAUGUUCUGCUGUAGCAAUACGCCUUCGAAGUAUAUGUACAGGGUCGGCUGACUUUGUCUUGGAGUUUUUCUUGCCACUUGAUUGCAAGAAUACUGAAGAUCAAAAAAUAAUGCUAAGUUCACUGUCUUCUGUGAUACAACAAAGUUGCCGAAGCUUACGUGUUGUCACGGAUCAAGAAUUACAGGAGGAAAAAGAACUCAUGCAACGUGAAAAGGUCAGCCUUUCCAUUGGUGGAUACCAUGAAGAAGAAUCAAGAAAACCAGUCUCUUCAUCUUACAGGGAUCAAGACGCUUCUUCCUGGCUUUUGGAAAUGUUGGAUGCCCAAAGAAAGGGUAAAGGAGCUGCUGCUGUUUCAGAAAAUCACAAUGAUGAGCAAGAAGAAAACUUUAAGGUCACAGCAACCCCUUGGUAUUACACUCAGAGGGAAUCCAUUCAUGCAUCUACAUUCUCAGAGCCAAACCAAAAUUUUGAACCCAAAGGAGGGUCUGGGGGUUCCUUUGAUUUUUCUUCUGGUACAAGAUCUCAUUCCUCAGGUGCCAAGAGAGCAGGUGAAAGAAGACGGUCAAAAACCGAGAAGAGUAUCAGUUUACAGGUACUCAGGCAGUACUUUGCUGGAAGCCUCAAAGAUGCUGCCAAAAGUAUUGGAGUUUGCCCUACAACUUUGAAAAGAAUAUGCAGGCAACAUGGAAUUACCAGGUGGCCUUCUCGUAAGAUCAAGAAAGUUGGCCACUCGUUACAGAAACUUCAACUUGUGAUCGAUUCAGUCCAUGGUGCUGAAGGUGCAAUUAAACUCAGUUCUUUCUACACCAACUUCCCUGAACUUAGCUCUCCAAAUAAUCCCAGGACCAGCAACUUCUCUGCUUCUAAAAACAAUGAUCAUCUGCAGCAAGUAAAUACUCAACCUGAUGGCAGCCCUGUGACCACCACAUCCAAGUCAACUUCUUCGUCUGGCAGUCAUAACUCUAGCUCAAGUUUAUUCUGUUCCACUGGUUCAAAGAAUUUAUUUCCUUGUACAAAUGUCUUUUCCACAACGGAGGAAAAUCCUGGAGGAAUGCUAAAGAGAGCACAUACAGAAACAGAAUUGCAUGAUAUGGGUCAAGAAGAAACCAAGCUUCUGGUCAGAUCACAGAGUCAAAAGAUCCAAAGCAAUCACAAUUCUGUGGAACCUCUGUGUCCUUUGCCAACGAGUAGCAAUCAGGUUUUACGGGAUUCAGGUACAUUUAAAGUAAAAGCCAUUUUUGGGAAGGAUAAAAUCCGUUUCAGCCUGCAAUCACACUGGGGUUUUGGAGAUGUUAAGCACGAGGUGAUGAGGCGUUUCAAUGUAGAAGAUGUUGGUAAAAUCGACCUAAAGUAUUUGGAUGAUGAUGACGAAUGGGUGCUUCUGACAUGUGAUGCUGAUCUUGAGGAAUGUGUUGAUAUACAUAAAUUCUCUAAAAGGAGAACAAUUAAAGUUUCCCUCCACCAUACUUACCGUACCAAUCUUGGAAGUUCAUUUGGUAGCAGCGGUCCAGCCUAA